ACUUCUUUUUUCUUCUUUUUUUUUCUUAAAUAUUUUCCUAUUUAACCUUACUUCAUCUCUUACUUUUAUUUAUAUAUAGACUUAUAUAUAGACUUUGUAUAUUACAUACAGAUAUACUGAACAUAAAUUUACUUGUAUAAUUUUUGACAGUUUUCUUUCUUUCUUUCUUUCUUUCUUUCUCCCUCUCCCUCUCCCCUUUUUCUGUUCUGUUUGAACCUUUCAUUUGUUAUUUACACCUCACUGAGAUAUUAUAGAAGAUGUCUCAUUAUCCUAUUAGUGAAGAAUUAAAUAUUCAAACUUCUCCCUUUGCUUACCUUUCGAAUGCCAUAUUUCCUUCCCCUCAAUCUCCUUUAACAAAUGAAAGUUACAUGUAUAAAUUGCAUUCACCAGAAGAAGAAUGGUUUAAUGCAGUGCAACAGAAUUUAGAUAACUCUCUAUUAUAUAACAGCAGUCAACACAACACUCUCAUGUCCGAAUGCAACUCUGUCUCAGAGGUAUCCUCUUUAGGCAUUCGCACCCCCGAUAUUGAACUGAAUCCCUCACAUUCCUUAUUACCUUUAGAUCACCCACAUUAUUACACUUCACUUUUAUGCCAAUCUAUGCCCCCUCUCGAAGAAGAUUUAUCCUCAGUGACAAAUUAUUAUUACUAUUAUCCAUUAUCAGAUGACAGUUAUACCAAUCAUGUACAACAGCAACAAGAUACUUUCACUAUUUCUUCCCUUUCCUUAACUAAUGAAGAAGAUCAUAUGAUGCUUUUACAAUCAAAAAAGAAUGAUGUAGACUUAUUAUUGACAAGUCAACCUCAAUAUGAUAUACCUAUCUUACCAACAACUUCCGCGUCUUUAUUUAAUUUUGACACUACGAAUGACGAAGAUAUUUUUUUAAAUCAAUUAUCACGAGAGCAACUUAUAGAACGUGUUGUACAAUUAGAAAUGGAAAAGACAUCAGUAGUUGUACCUCAUCAUCAUCAAGAACAAGAAGAAGAAGACAAAGAAGAAAAAGAAACAGUAGAAUUAUGUAAAAAGAAACAAUUAGUUGGUAAAAAUGAAAAUAAAAUGUAUUCUUGUCAUUGGAUUUCUUGUACAGCAAAAGAACCUACUUUAGCAAAACUAAUGGCUCACAUAUGUGAAAGUCAUAUUGGAAGCGGCAAAGCUACUUAUUUUUGUGAAUGGAAAGAGUGUUCUAGAAACAAAAAGCCAUUUAUGAAGAGACAUAAAAUGCAUAAUCAUAUGAGAACACAUACUGGUGAAAGGCCAUUUAUAUGUACCGUGAUAGGUUGUAACAAGACCUUUUCUAGACCUGAUUCACUGAGUACCCAUAUAAAGACUCAUUCUGAUAUUCGACCUUACUCAUGUUCAAUGCCUGGUUGUGAAAAAGCUUAUUUUCAUUCUAGAUCUUUAAGAAAACAUAUUAAAUCUAUUCAUAUGAAGAAACAACUACAAACAUCAUCGGCUCAUCGGAAUACUCCUUCUUCUUCUUCUUCUUUAGAUACUGUUACACUACAGAAAAAGGAACGAAGACCUAUUCAAUUAGUUGAGCAAACUUAUUAUAUGAACAAGCAAUAAUAUCCUAAAUUGCAUUGUAAAAUCUUCCCCUUUUAUGCCAUAUAUAAGCUUUUUUUAUUUUAUUUUGUUUUAUUUAUUUCUCCUAUGUAUGUUCCAAUUUUUGUACUAUUUUUUGUUUUCGUUUUCG